CAAAAAUGUUAAGCAGGAGAAUGAUGGCAAUUAGAAGGCAAGCAUCAAUGACCCGACCACAAUGGCCAUGUCUGAGAAACUUUAGUCUUUUUAAUAAAAAACCACAAGGUUCAAAAUUUAAAGAGUACUUUAAGCUUAGAAGAGGAGAUAUCAACCCAAUUGGCUAUGGAAAGAAGGGGAUGCAAACAAUUUCAAGGCUCAAUCAACGAAGAAUGAGAAGUGACUCGAUCAAUAUUUUGUGGAAAUCAGCCUUUAUUGUAUGAAUGAUUACUCUUCUCCUUAUACAGUUUCAUGGAAGUGCAAUUCCUGGUCAAACAUUUGCAAAGAUGUUUUACCUACGGAUGAGGAAGGCUUUCUUAUCUUACUUCCCUCCCAGAGAUUCUGCUGAGGAACUUUCUCUUUUGAAGGAAGAAGAAUUCAAGUUCGCAUAUCUGACUACAAACGGAAUGGUCACCAAGGGACAAGUAUAUGCUAUAAUCCUCAACAUUUCUCAAAUAGUUGAGCUUUACGGGGAAAUGAAUGUUGUUCUCCAGCUAGAGGCUCUUAAUUCUCUAAAUAUUAUCCUAAAAUCCUUAAUCACACACCACAGAGAGUUUAUUGUAGAUGAGAAAUCUAAGAAGGGUGACCAAAUGGAUUUGAAUAAAAGAGUUCCAGACCUGACUGAGAUCCUACUGGAUGACAUAGUCGCUCUCUACACUCAGACUCUAGAGUUUGAUAGAAUUAAAUAAACAGAUAAAUGAUGAAAAGGAGAUCUUAGAAAGAGGCAAGAAAUUAGGAACUCUCAUGUUCAUCAUAAGAGUUAUCCUCAAUUUCAGUAAGAGUUUAGAGGACAAAAUAACAGCAUAUGGUUUCCUGAUUCAGCUACUAGACCUUAAUAAAGGCAACUUUCAGUUAGAAAAAGAGUUUGUCACAAAAGACGCUAGUGGAACUAUCAAUAUUUUGAAGGAUCUUAACUCAAAUUCAGAGAAAAUAAGAGUGUUAGCACUUAGAAGUAUGAUAGAACUAUGUAAAGACCAAUAUUGUGCCAUAAAGUUCCUUGAGACUAAGGUUCUUUCGAACUUAUUAUUUAAAUACUCUUCGGACGCACUACUAUUAUCUCAUAUCAAUGAGUUCAUCAAAGUAUGUACGUUGCACGAUGAGAGGAAAAGUCUUUACAUACAGCACAGAAAUCCAAUUUUACCCAUUUCUAUUAAAUCUCGCUAUUCGAGGGAUAAUCAUGAGAAAUAACAAGUUAAUGCAAAAGUUCAUCAAUGGAGAAGGGUUCAAGGUAGAAAAAACACGUCUUGAGAAGGUAAUAGAAGAUGAAAAGACUAAUAAGGACACCAAGGAGCUACUCAAGAAAUUAUUAGAGAAGCAGUAGAUGUAGAUUUAUGUACAACAGGAUUAUACUG